GAUUUCAGAUCAUACCCUUUUAAAGCUAUUUUAAAAGGGUUUGAUUUUUUUUUUCUUUAAUUCAUUGAUUAUUUGAUUGCCAUUAUUGUUGAUAAUGGAGGAAAGCAAGAAAUACAUCACGACGGAGGAACUGAGGAAGCACAACAAGCGUGACGACGUAUGGAUCUCCAUUAACGGAAAAGUUUACGACGUUACGAAUUGGCUCCAGAAGCAUCCCGGCGGUGAAGAGCUGAUCAUGAAUCUGGCCGGCCAAGACGUUACGGAUGCGUUUAUUGCUUUCCAUCCCGGCACCGCCUGGAAAUACCUCGACGGGUUUUUCACCGGGUUUCACCUGCAGGAUUUCCGGGUCUCCGACGUUUCCAAGGAUUACCGAAGACUCGCCAGCGAGUUCGCGAAAGCGGGCAUGUUUGACAAGAAAGGCCACUUCGUUUUCUUCUCCUUCCUCUCGAUUGCGGUCAUGUUUUCGAUGUGCAUUUAUGGCGUCAUAUUUUCCAAGGAUUUCUGGGUCCAUCUCCUUUCCGGGGCAGUCUUGGGUUUUGCUUGGGUCCAGGUCACCUUCCUGGGUCACGAUUCGGGUCACUACCAAAUCAUGUCCACCCGGCGAUUCAACAAAUUCGCUCAGAUCCUCACCGGAAAUUGCCUCACCGGAAUCAGCAUUGCCUGGUGGAAGUGGACCCACAACGCCCACCACGUCGCCGUGAACAGCCUCGAACACGACCCGGAUCUCCAGCAUUUACCCGUUUUCGCCGUUUCUUCGAGUUUCUUCAAUACUCUGACUUCCAAAUUCUACGGCCGGAAGCUGGAUUUCGAUUCCCUGGCUAGAUUCUUCGUCAGUUACCAGCAUUUAACGUUUUACCCGAUCAUGAUUGUUGCCCGGGUCAAUCUUUACCUCCAAACCAUCUUAUUGCUUCUAAACCCGAGCCGGAAAGUCCCCGAUCGGGCUUUGAACAUAAUCGGAAUUCUAAUUUACUGGACAUGGUUUCCCCUGUUGGUUUCAUUCCUCCCGAAUUGGAACGAAAGAAUCCUAUUCGUCCUGGCGAGCUUUACGGUAACAGCUUUCCAGCACAUUCAAUUCUGUCUGAACCAUUUCGCGGCCAAUGUGUAUGUCGGAAAUCCUCAGGCGAACGAUUGGUUUCAGAGUCAGACCGCCGGAACCAUCGACAUUACCUGUUCGACCUGGAUGGAUUGGGUUUACGGCGGAUUACAGUUUCAGCUGGAGCAUCAUUUGUUCCCCAGGAUGCCCAGGUGCCAUUUGAGGAGUAUUUCCCCUGUGGUUCAGGAUCUUUGCAAGAAACACAAUUUGCCGUACCGGAGUUAUGGGUUUUAUCAGGCCAACAAGAAAACAAUUGGUGUUCUUCGGAAAGCGGCUUUGCAGGCAAGAGAUUUGUCCAUUGUUCCUCAGAAUUUGCUCUGGGAAGCUGUAAACACUCAUGGCUGAUAAUAAUGAUAGGUCGGAAUUUUUAUAGUUUUUUUUUCCCUUUUUUUUUAUUUUUAUUUGGAACCUCGAUUUAGUAUUUUUCAAUGUUCAUUCUGAGUCUACUUUUUUUGGCAUCCUCGGAUUACUGACUAUGUAACAUCAACCAAAAUAAGAAACCCAGAAAAAAAUAAAAGUUAGAAAAUUGAUAAAAAUUGAGAAUUUUUUUUAUUUGCAUCACAUCAUUUUGUUACUGUUGCUUAAAUCACAU